AAGAUCGCUGCCGGCGAGACCAUCACCGUCCCCGUCAACGCCGCCAAGAGCUACAAGCUCGACGGCAUUGCCGACGCCAAGGUCACUGCCAUCCAGGGCUUCCACUACGCCGUUGGUGACAGCAUCCCCUCCGCCUUCAAGGACUUGGCUUCCUGCGCCGAUGUCACCUCCGGCGAGGUCGAGGUCACUGUCGACCAGACCACCGCUGCUGCGGACCACAUCUCCCGCAAGCGUGAGGAGCCCUUCAACUCCCGCAUCCAGAAGCGCGCCAUCACCUACUCGUCCUGCACCACCGCGCAGACGACCUCCCUGAAGACCUCCGUCACCGACGCCAUCUCCAUGGCCAAGGCCGCCUCCACCGCGGCGGGCACCUCGUCCUACUACUACACCACCUGGUUCAAGUCGACCUCGGUCGCCUCCAAGGUCCAGACCAUCUACAACGACGUCGCCGGCGUGCAGACCACCUCCCCUAAGAUCUCCUGCACGGACACCUACAGCGACUGCACCGACGGCAGCGCCCUCCUCUACACCGUCCCCUCGGACAACGUCAUCGUUCCCUGCCCCAACAACGGCUUCUGGGGCUUCCCCGAGCUCGCCUCCCAGUGCUCCGGAGACGACUACGACCGCGCCGGCAGCAUGCUGCACGAGAUGACCCAUCUCUACGGCACCACCGACUGGGCUUACGGCCCCACCGCCGCCCAGGCUCUGUCUGCCACCAAGGCUGCUGCCAACGCCGACACCUACGAGAUGUACGCCGAGAGCGUCCGCCUCGGUGGCUGCACCACCGGCUAA